CAAUGUGUUGUGAAAGUACCAACUACCAGUUACCAUGAGGUCAGCAGUAAGGACGGACGUGAGACGGAUAUGUCUGUUAAUUGUUACCACAUUGAGCGCGGUGAGCGCGGUCCUGACAUAUCCCCUGAACGACGGGGGCGAGAUCCCCGCGAUUGCUCUGGGGACGAGCCUGGGGCACACCGCCGACGGUAGGCGAAUACUGUCAGUGAACCACUCGCUCGCUAGGGCGGUGCAAUGGGCUCUCGAGGUUGGAUACAAGCACAUCGACACUGCCGCCAUCUAUCAAGCUGAGGAGGAAGUGGGGCUUGGGAUACAGAACUACUUGAGAGACAAUAAUGCCAGUAGAGAUGAUGUUUAUGUUACGACUAAGUUAUGGAACACUGACCAUGAGGUGGAUGCGGUAGUCCCGGCGCUACGGAAGUCACUCGCAGACCUGCGCCUGGACUACAUCGAUUUGUACUUGAUGCAUUACCCGAUGGCUUAUACGAAAAACGGAUCUAUAAGCGAUACAGACUAUUUGGAGACGUGGAGGGGAAUUGAAACUACCAAAGAUACAAAGUUAGCAAGAUCAAUAGGCGUGUCUAAUUUUAACAUAACCCAAAUGAAGAGGCUCUGGGAUCAUUCCAGAAUAAAACCGGCGGUGUUGCAGAUUGAGGUAAACCCAACAAUAACCCAAUCUGAGUUGAUCGAGUGGUGUCAGGAGAAUGGUGUAGUGGUGAUGGCUUACAGCCCCUUCGGCGGUAUCCUGGGCCGAAGUGAUGAUGCUCCGGAACCGCGCGCUGAUCAUCCAGUGCUAGUCGGAUUGUCUGAGAAGUAUCAUAAGACGGUCCCACAAAUCCUGCUUAGGUAUUUGCUGGAUCGCAAGCUAGUUCCCAUACCACGGUCAACCAACAAGGAUCGAAUUAUACAAAACUUGAAUAUUUUGGACUUCUCCCUCACUCCCGAAGAAGUUGAGACUUUAUCAAGCUUCAACAGUAACUACAGGGUGAGAGACAGAAAGAAAUGGUAUCUGCACCCACACUAUCCUUACGAGAAGAAAAAUGUUACUGAGGAAGACAUAAAAAAAGCUUUCAUAAUUAGCAAUGAAUAAAGUAUAAAAUAAAGAUUUUUGCCCGAGAUAUACGUUAUACCACGGUCUACUACCACCCAGCUAGCAGCGUCAAGCAGCGACUUCAAGAUUUGCAGAAAAGUAUUAUAGUAAAUAAAUAGGCAAUAUA